UUGGAAGAAUGGACAAUUAUAAUAUAGUGAUUGAAAUUGGAGACGAAGAUAAUGAUGACGAAACCGAAGAAGAGGAGGAGGAAGAAGAUAAUGAUAGUGAAGAAGAAGAAGAGGAGGAGGUUGCGACGGUUGAGUCUAGGGUUUCACCGGGUCCGGUUAAAGGAAAGUUUAUGAGUCAGGAUAUUAAUGAAAAUAAUAAAAAUGGUAGUAAUGAUAAUGAGGAAUUUGAUGCAUCUGGGAUUGAUGGUUUGUGUUGUCCUAUUUGUAUGGAUGUUUGGACUAAUGGUGGUCUACAUCAAAUUUGUUGUCUUCCUUGUGGGCACAUAUUUGGUAUGUCAUGUAUUAAAAAGUGGCUUCAACAACGUCGAAGUUCUGGGAAGUGUCCUCAAUGCAACAAAAGAUGUACACUGAAGGAUAUCAGAGUACUUUAUGCGUCACGGCUUUGUGUUGCAGAUGCUGCAUUACAAAAGAAAGUGCGGUCACUCGAAGCUAAAUGUGCAUCUCUUGAGAAGAAGAAUGUUGACUGCUGCAAGAAAGAAGUUAGAUCCCAGGAAAGAGAAGCUGAUUUGCAUCUUGAAGUGGAGAGGCUAACAAAGAAAGCAAAAUGUUUAGAGGGGUUACUAGAAGAUGAACGAAGAGAGUCACAGCGUUUGUUGACCGCCAAUGAGGACUAUCAAAGAAGAGUGAUAAGUGGAAAUGGCAUGGGCAACGGGUCUGGAGGUCUUGUCUAUUCAACAAUAUUUACUCUCCAGGGGCUAUGUGUAGGUACCAAUGCAGUACAUCGGACUAAGGGGUUUCCAUCAAUCUACCUUUUUUUUCCGAGAGAGUUCCAGGUAGACGGAGCUCGAUGUUUUGAUAUGGAUGCUUCUGGUGAACUUAUGAUAGUAGCUCGAGCUGGAAUGGGAGGAACGAAUCUACUUACAAAAAUAAGUUUGGCAGCUCCAGAUGAAAGAGAAGAUAUUCAGCUUCCCGGGAAUACAAAAGCUGUUAUGUCUCUUUGUGUUAGACCUUGUAGCCGGCUUGCACUGCUUGCUUCUUUGGGGAGGAAGUUAUCAGUUGUCAGUACAGAGAGCAGCAACACUGUUCUUACCUAUGAUUUGCCGGCUCCUGCUUGGUCAUGCUCAUGGGAUAUUGACAGUUCAUAUCAUGUUUAUACAGGAUUACAGAAUGGUACUGUUUUGGCCUUUGAUAUACGUCAAACCAGGAUACCCUUGGAGUCCAGGACUGGGUUGUCCGGCAAUCCCGUUCACACUGUGAUCUCUGUUGCACCAGGGCCGUCUCUUCCUUCUGGCACAAAAGCCCUUCUGACUGCCUCACAAAUUGGUAUAUGUGAGUGGAACUUUGGUAGCGGUGAAGAAAGGCCAUACCUGAUUCCUGAAACGAAUAACCAAGGAGUUUGUAUAUCUCUUGCGCACACUGGCGGUGAUGACUUUGUUGCUUCAUUUCGUCCAAAGAUUGAAAUGCCAACUGCUGUUGGUGUAUCUCAAUCACCUCCUACUCCUUCCACCUCUUGUGGAACUGAGGGUUCUCAUAUAUUUUACAAGAGGACCGGGAUGCAAAGUUAUCUAAAAACUGGAUCCUUCUUGUCCCAAAUGGAUAGCAUACGACUACCAAGAUCUACCAUCGUUAACAAACCAUACCAUAGCCCCAUGUUCGUUUCUGCAAAUGACGUGACGGCUGAGUUGGUGUUGUAUGACAUGUCAAAACUGGUUGUGGCUCAACGUCUUAAAACUUUUGCAAGACCUGUACGAGAUGUGAGGUGUACACAUAUUUGGAACACUUGUGUACUGGGGUGUGUAAGUGGGAAUGUGGUACAGCUUUUUUCUUGACCUAAUUUUUUUAUACUUUUGUAGUUAACUUUUAGCUCUGGCUUAAAGAUUAUACAGUUAGCAUAGUAUUAAUGUCUUGAAAGUUGAUACAUUUAGCGUAGUAGUAAUAUGUUUUGAAAGAUACAGUUAGUAAUAUUAAUGUCUUGUAGUGAUAAAAUAAUUUGAAGGUUUUUUAUUUGUA